GUUAGAUAUGAGCAGUGAGCAUCCUUUUAGUGUUACAUUAAUCUCAAAUUGUGUCACUGCUCCUCUCAUCACACUUACCGAAUCACACCUAACAGACGCAAUUCUCUCACAAACUCGCAUCAGUUGUUGUGAAAAGAUGCCUGUUAGAAGGUGACACUUGUACGAGGUGACAGGCUCCAAGUCUGCUAGAGGCUGCACAUAUUUGUGACAUGACAGAUCACAGUAAAACCACAGCAGCUGAAGCUCCAAUCCAUCUCCACUGUGCAUUUGAACCUAUUGAGCCUUACAAACAUUAUUUAAAUAACUAUCAUUGGUCAGCAUUCACAUCAUAAGUGUGAGCAGCCAGAAAACCAUCAGAACAGCCCGCCUCUUUGCGUAGAGACCACUCUGUGGAGCAGAGUUCACUUACAGACAUUACAGAGGUGCAGCCGUACUGUACACACAAAGAUGAACUUCACCAUGAUAACAGCUUUCAUCUGGACCUGCAGUUUGAUGUCUGUCUCUGUUUCGGAGUUCCACACUGUGGAGGUCCAGCCUGGUGAACAAGCCACACUGAUGUGCUCCAACUACACCAAACCUUUUAUCGACCGUAUAUUCUGGUUCAGACUGGCCGACAGACCCACUGCCACCUGUAUCUCCUCUAUGUGGAGCUCUGAAGUCAAACCUUCGUCCUGUGAUGGAUUCCAAGAUGCCAGAUUUAAUAUGACAUCCAACAGCUCUACCCUCUUCCUCAUGAUCAAACAAGUGAAUUUAUCUGACUCUGGACUGUAUUUCUGUGGUCCUCGCUCAGGUGGAAACGCAGCAAUUGUCAGUGCAACAUUUUUAAAGGUUCAAGAGGAGAUGGGUGGAUUAAUGAACCUGACGAGUGUGAUCCUGGGCGCUCUGGUUAUUUUCCUUGGUACAGUCAUCAUUGGUCUGGUUGUCAAAAUUAGGAAACUUAAGACAGCUCGUAAAGAGGGACACAAUCAACAACACAAUGAGAAUCUGGGCUCUGAUGCUCUGAACUAUGCAGCACUGAGUUUCAAACCAAGACCAAAAAGUAUCAGAAGGCCUCCAUCAGAGAACCAGCCGGAGCCAAAUGUUGUGUAUGCUGCCCCCAGAUAGACUCAGGAAACGACUGGAACUGCAGCUCACGGUUGAAAUGAUGCUUUGUCCUAUUAAACUGAUACAUAAAAUAUUUGGGAACAAUGAAUCUUUAUUCAUGUAAAUUCCCUAAUCUCCGCUGCAAUUCAAAUUAUCCAGCCAAAGUCUUUCUCUGACUCAUUGUGUUUGGCAUUGUUCUUGGAGCAAAUGAUAAUUGGCAUGUAUUCGAAAAGGAGUCAGUCAGGAUAUUGAUGACUGUCCUUCUUUUGUAUUUAGAUGGAGAUCUGCAAAAGUGAGUGAGGUGCACGUCACUUGUUUGACAGAGAGACACCGUGAGCACAACUCAGCUUUGAACUUAGAAUUUAAGAAAUAAUUUUGGCAUCUUGUCCUUAACAUUAUUAGAAUUUGAUUUUUAGCAUCAAUAAAUACAAAUGCCCCGUGAUGACAAACAGCUCUGUGAAGUACCUGCACAGCAAUUGCAUUAUGACUGAAGUCUCAACUACAGCAAGUUUGGUUUGCAACAAAACCACACAAUGAAGGCUUUCAUGUUUGCGGAGAGUUAUGAUAACUGACUGUGACAAUAAAUAAGUAUCCGUGCAUUAGUGUCAAAGCUGGCACCACACCUCUUAUCACACCUCAAACUGACACCUACAUCUAUCAAACAAUGUGAAGAACAGUCUGCAGCACUGUGACGCUUGCACAGUCAGACA